CAUGUAACAACUUGAAACUUUGAAAACAAUGAACAAAAGAAAUUAUUUUAACCUAAUAAGUAAAGCUGCAAAAGAAUAUUUUGGAGGCAGCCAUGAGGAUGAAAUCAUGGAGCAAAGAGAAGGAAUAAGAAGUUCAAAAAGCAUUUAAAAAUCCAGCUGUCCAUUUGAAUGGCUGUCUCUGUCUGAAAAAGUGACCGUUGAAGCUUCAACGUUAAGCUGACCGUUGGAUGGAAUUUCGAGGAUAUAUAUCAAACAUAAAGCCUUCAAACAUACACAAAAAAAAUACCUUCAAGAAUAAGCCUAGUUCCUUCGUCUUCUCCUUUAUUCUGUAUAUAAUCUCAUCUCACACACUUUCUUCAUUCCAUUCAACUUUAUCUCUUUCUUUGCUUGUGAUCAGAUAUGGGUUUGGUGGUGGUGAUUUCUCUGCCAUUGAUUUUCUUCUGCUUGUUGCUCGGUUUCGGGUGUUACUUUCUAGGCCGAGCGAAAGGGAGACAAGACAUACGGACUAAUGCGCAGAUAUUCGGUGUGCCCACGCCACCCCCUGGUAGCGGUGCAGCUCAUUCACCAUCUUCACAGCAGCCGGUUUUCAAACCUGAUAAUUCCACCAAUGUUUGAUUAGUAAUCAGAUCUAAGUUCAAUUCUUCACUGUACUGUUUGUUUACCUACUGCAAAAGCCGAAUUGGCUCACAUGGUUCUUUUUUCUGUGUGUAAAUUCUGUACUAUUCAGUUUAAACUUCAAUACUCUAUGGAUGAAUCGUUUUCCAGUUA